AUGGUAUCCAUCAAUGGGAAAGUGAUCCCUUGGACUCACACCAUCUGUGCUUCUGCAGCUUUCCUCGCCGCCUUCAUCACAGGUUAUAACCUACAUUUCCAUAAAAUUGUCACUAAUGCCCAUUAUACAUAUCCUGAUGAAUGGUUUCCAAGUGUAUCUGCUACCAUAGGUGAUAGAUACCCUGAAAGAUCGAUAUUUCAAAUUCUGAUUGCAUUAACCGCUUUACCAAGAUUUCUCCUAUUAUUCGGCCAUCUAUAUUUAAAUCACUCUUUACCAAUCUUCAUCCUCGGUGUAUUGAGAACCGUCUCCUGCGGUGGUUGGGUAUAUAUCACUUCCACAGAUGAUCAUGACACUCACGAUAUCUUCAUGAUCAUUUAUAUCGUAUUGACUUUACCUUGGGAUAUCAUGAUCACUACGUCAUAUCCAAGGAAUAAUAACAGAUCAAAAAGAAUACUAGUAACUUCCACCUUCUUUGGUUUAUUGGUACCAAUGCUAUAUUGCUACUAUCAACACCAAGUUAAACAUAUUGCAGGCGCCUACUCAAUUUAUGCAUAUUUUGAAUGGUCUCUUAUCUUUUUAGAUAUAGCAUUUGAUUCAUUAGCCAGCUACGAAUUUAAUCAAUUUAAUAUUGAUAUCAAUUUACAUACUUCACCAUCAACAACUAAGAUUGAUGUGAAACCAACAAAACCAGUAAACAAAAAAAAUUGCAUUGAUUAUGAUUCUUUCCUAUAUCUAAUUACAAAUACUUUCAAUUCAUUCAUUCUAUGGUCAAAUAUCACCGCUUUAACCUGUAGCAUAUGGCAUUUCCCACUAUGGUACAUGGGUAUCUCCGGUUAUGAAACUGCAAUCUUCGGUUAUUUGGGACCAAUCUUCUUAUACUUACCUCUAAUGUCCAUCUUUGUCUUCUACUGUGGUACCUUUGUCGGUAAUUUAAUCGCCGUAGGUGCUUACGCAAUUGAAACUCCAGAAAAUAGGUUAAUCGUUUGCGCAAUUGGUACUGCUAUAUCUGUUGCUAAUUUUGCUCAAAAUCUAAAAUCUAUUAAAUUACAAACUACAAAUAAUGCAUUCGCUACUUCUUGGGUAUUAGGUCUAGUAAUUUCCGUCGUUGUAAAAAUGGGAUUUUAUUCAAAUAAUCCAAUUUGGCCAAUUUUUAAUGAAAAUAAUAAAGGCUAUAAUAAAGAAUCUUUAAUUUUCGUUGCUAUAUUCGGUUUGUUAUCACCUUUCACAAAUUCUAUUCAUUUAAAUCAACAUUCGAUUAAAUCACAACAGCCAUCAUCAAAACCACGCUUUAUUUCCAAGCUAUUCAUCUCUAUUGGAUUCGGUGCAUUCUUAUUCGCCACUCACCAAUUAUUAUCAGAUUCUUCUACUAUCAUUUACUGGGCCUGGGAAGGUUAUAACGAAAAUGGUUACGGUCCAUUACAAUGGCCAUGGAGUUCCUUAACUUGUUUAAUCAUGUUAUUAUCCGCUUUCCUAUGCACCAGAUUUACAAAUAAACCAAUUCUUCCAGCGAUUUUCUUAAUCUUAUCCACUGGUGUCCUAGCAAAUAAAGAAAUUAAAGAAUGGCCAAAAUUUAUUCUAGGUGGUUUACCAUACGUGGCAUCCAUGAUCUCUUUAGUACCAACCCUUUUCUUAGGUUUAGCAGAAACUCAAAGUAUUUGGGUCUUUGCCUUUGCCUUUACCGUCUACAUCAUUUUCAUUUUGGCUCAUGUUUGGACUGUUGCAUACGCUUUUGUUCCACUAGGUUGGUUACUGAGAGAAAGAAUCGAACUCAUUCUCGUGGCUUCCACAGUAUUAAUUCUCUUGGGUACAUUUGUAAGUAAGAAAAUAACAAAUACCGUUGUCGCCACUGUUAAACUUUCAUCGAAAUUUAGAAAGAUUACAGCGUUUUUCACUGUUUUAAUAUUUGCCAUGAUUGCAGCCUUCACAUAUAAGGUUAGGCCUACUGGAGUUCCACAACCAUACCACCCAGAAUCGGACUUACUUACCGCAGGUAUUUGGACUAUCCAUUUCGGUUUAGAUAAUGAUAUGUGGGCUUCUGAAGAUCGUAUAAGCAGUUUAAUCAAAGAUAUGGAAUUAGACGUUGUGGGACUUCUGGAAUCGGACACUCAGCAUAUUACAAUGGGUAAUAGAGAUCUAACGAAUAAACUAGCACACGACCUUAACAUGUAUGCUGAUUUUGGUCCAGGCCCAAACAAGAACACUUGGGGUUGCGCACUUCUAUCAAAAUUCCCAAUCGUCAAUUCUACGCACUAUUUAACACCAUCUCCAGUUGGUGAAAUUGCUCCUGUAAUUCAUGCCACUCUUUUAACUUAUAACGAUACUUUGGUCGAUGUCUUUGUCUUCCAUAGUGGUCAAGAAGAAGAUGUAGAAGAUAGAAGAUUACAAUCUCAGACCGUUGCUAAAUUAAUGGGUAGUACAGAUCGUCCAACUAUCUUAUUAAGUUACUUAGUAACUGACCCAUUGAAGGGUAAUUACAAUACAUAUGUCAGUGAAGAAUCUGGUAUGCAUGAUAUUGAUCCGACUGAUGAUGACAGGUGGUGUGAGUACAUCUUAUAUAAGAAUAUCAGAAGAACUGGUUAUGCAAGAGUCGCAAGAGGGACAAUCACCGAUACCGAAUUGCAAGUUGGCAAGUUCCAAGUCCUACAAGAUGAACAAAUUGAAAAGUAUGGAUCUUCGUUAUACACUCACGAACACGUCGACGAUCCUGAAGUUGAAGAUUUGAAGUUCCCUGACAAAUUCAAAGGAGAUGGUGAAAGAGGACAUUUUUAUCACGUCUUUGACAAACCCCGUUAUUAUUCAUUAUGA